AUGGAAAUAAAAAAAAAAGAAUGUUUCAUUCGGUCGUUUUUAGAUUUUAUCUGCAGUCAUUUUUUUUUGUUAAGACUACGUUCAAUAGUUUGUGUAAUUGGAAAAAUUAUGGAAAUUUGCCCUCAAUCCCAUCGUCGUCCAGUAGAUUAUCAUCGCCCUUCUGUAAUUCUGUUGAAAAAGACCAUUUGUGUGGAUCACCGUGAAAAUUGUAAAUGUUGCUGUUGUUGUGAUGGUCAAUCGAAAUUGUUCAAAUAUAUCCAGCCAGAUGUACCCAAAUCUUUCGCUCCGAUACGUACCUACUGGAGAACCCCCGAUCCAAUUGAAAGAUACACAACGUAUAACCGGUCAUAUUGGCAUAAAGAACCAACGUUUUCCAGAGUAAAACCUUUUAAACACAAAGCUUCACUCACUGUUGGCGACGGAUCCAUUGCCGACGAAACAACUCACAAAGUGAGUUAUUUGGGAAAUUGGUACUUGGAUCAACCAAAAGUUCACCCAAUAAGAUGCGAUAAACAAUGGUUAGGGAGAGGACCAAUGCUAAAUAUGACAACAAACAAAUGCGAUUACACUUGGAAAUUGGUACCAAAACCAAAGGCUGUGAAGAAUCGGCCGAAUUUAUGCUGUCCAACUACUAAACUAUCGAGUGAUACCACUUACAAUUUGAGUUAUUAUAAAUCUGAUGGUCGAACUCCUAUUACUUCUUUCAAACCCAUCAGUAAAUAUAUGAAAGGGAUUGUACCGGUUGACGAUUGUACGACAUAUAAACUUAGCUAUUGGCCAAAUGAAUUACCAUCAACUAAAAAUAACAGCCCAUGGAAAAAGUAUAUUAAAUACCAUUCGCCACGCACGAAAUUGGAUGAUUAUACUACUUAUCGUCUCAGUUAUCUGCCCAAUAAACAAUCAAUACGUAAGCCCUUUAUUAUGAGACCCUCGAAAAAUAUAUUGAAUGCCGAUUAUUACUCUGAUGAUAAAACAACAUAUAAUCUGAGUUAUCAUGGAUGUGGAUGUGCUAGACGGUUGCCCAUCACACCGUUAUCAUCUACUCAAUUAUCCGCGUGUCCCCUGUCCCACGACACAAUUCACAGGUUGAGCUAUUUGGGAAAUUGGGGUGUAAUACCUGAAAACUGUGUGUUGCCGUGUUCAAAAACCUGGGCAGGUAAAGGGCCAAUACAAAACUUGACAACUCAAAAAUACGAUUUUACUUGGAAAUGCGGUAUUCCUGUUCUGGCUUUUCCUCCCAAGGAUAAUUUGGAAACAUCUCAUCAGCCACUCGGAGGUUGUACGAUUCAAAGAUUAUCCUAUUUUGGUCAUGAUUUGAAACAUCUUUCACGACUUAAGUCAUUCAAACCUCGUCGAACGUGGCAAUCAUUCGAUAAUCCAAUGGAAAAUGAGACGACCAUGAGCCUAAGUUAUCAACCUGUCGACCAAUCCUCAAUCCGUCGUACAAAAACAUGUACUGCCAAAUCAUUGUGCGAAAAGCCAUUGUUACUUGCUUCGGACAAUACUACCUAUAAUUUAAGGUAUCAAUGUAUUUCUAAUUUAUUUUUAAUUUAUAUAAAACCAUUCUAUUAAUUCAUCCUGAAUAUUUAUUAUAGCUAUCUGGCCCCCGGAAAAGUUGAAAAAUUGGUGGAACACGAUUGAAUUUUUCCAUUCCAAUCUAUGUAAACAUCUUCAUAAACUCCUGGUUUCAGUAUAUAUUUUACUAGCUUAGUUUUUUCAGUUUAUUUCAAUUUUAGAGACUAAAUCGCUCCGCAUAUGUCUGACAUAAUAAAGACAAUCGGUUCUUAACUACUUAUAUUUGAGAUGAAGAGGAAAGUUCCAGACAAGAGGUCAUUAAUACGCACACCAGCCUCUGGAUUUUAUGCAUCUGCAAUCACGAAGGCCAUGUGAAAGUAACAUUUCCUUCUUCUUCUACUGCUGCUCAGAUGUUCUUACAUACAAAUAUAUAUAUAUAUAUAUGUAUAUAGAUAUAUUUCUACGACAUCUUACGAAAUAGUGCAUCGUGUACUCUUGAUGAUGAUACAAUAACACGAGGCGU